UCCUGGAAGCCCCAAAAAUACAGCCAAUUCUCUCAAGAAGGAUUUACUACCAUGUCUUCCCACCAGUCAACAACUACUAGAAUCUAGCUUAUUUCUAAUGUGAGAUGCAUUGAAAUGACAACAGACCAACAUUUACAAGCUGACCAAAUAAAUGCAGCUCCAUUUGUUGUGAUUGGCUUCCUUUACUUCAAUUUCUAAUGGGUGAGCAGGCAAGAAACAGGUGAUCAGUUUUGAAAGAAGUUGUGAGCUCACAAACUCAGUGAAACGAAGCCAGGAAGCAGCGACUGAUAACACCCAGAGUCUCCAAAGAUUGUCCAUAGGUCUGGUUCCAGAAUGCUGCAAGGAGCUUCUACCACAAUCCAAGAAUGGUUGAACCAAUCCUGGCCUCAGGAUAAAAUCCAUCUCCAUGUGGUUGUGGCCCUGACCUGCGGUUCAUUUGCAGCUUAUUUGGUACUGAAAUGGUUAGGCCAGAAAAAGCUUAAAAAACAAAUAGAAGAAACAAGAAGGGAAAGGGAUCGUGGCUUGGUACAAAUGGAAAAAUCAGUGCAGGCAUUUAAACGCCAGAGCUCUAGGGUACCAACUGAUGACAUCCUUUCUCUGCCUCUGGUAGAACUGGUUAAGAGGCUGAAGGAAGACACUUUGUCUCCAGAUAUUGUCCUUUACACCUAUAUGGAAAAGGCUUUAAUGCUCACCAGGGAGGUGAACUGUGUGCGCCAUUUUAUUCCAGAAUGUGAGCUGCAUCUUCAGGAACUGAAAAAGCAGGAGGAGAAGGGUGCAUUGUAUGGGGUACCUGUCAGCAUUAAGGACCACAUUGGAUACAAGGGCCAUUUGUCAACAUGUGGCUUUUCUUAUUUUCUUGAUGUGGAAGAAGAGGACAGUGUGUUAGUAAAGGUAUUAAAGAAGCAGGGAGCAAAUCCAUUUGUAUUCACCAAUGUCCCGCAAUCUUUAUUCAACUAUGACUGCAGCAACCCAGUUUUUGGGCAGACUGUGAACCCGUUUGAUCAUAAGAGAAGCCCUGGGGGCUCAUCUGGAGGGGAAGGGGCUCUAAUUGCUGGAGGAGGUUCCAUCUUGGGAUUUGGAUCAGAUGUGGGUGGAAGUAUCCGCCUGCCCUCCAGCUUCUGUGGUAGUUGUGGGCUGAAGCCAACCGUAGGUAGAUUGAGCACUUCUGGAGUAAAGGAGCCUUUUCAUUUUCUCUCAAUUACAGGAACAAUAGGACCAAUGGCAAGGGACGUGGACAGUCUUGCUCUGGCCAUGAAGGCUGUCUUGUGUGAUUACAUGUUCCAGCUGGAUCCCAGUGUGCCACCUAUGCCGUUCAAUGAAGAGAUAUACCGAAGCUCUGCACCUCUACGGAUUGGAUAUUAUGACUCAGAUGGCUAUAUCAUGCUUCCACCGUGCAUGAGAAGGGCUGUGCAUAAAACCAGGAAGCUUCUUCAAGAAGCUGGUCAUACACUAGUUCCCUUCAGCCCACCUUCUGUGGAUUAUGUCAUGGAUGAACUUUAUCUGAAAAGCAUUUUUGCUGAUGGAGGCUCAGCUCUGACGGCCUUGUUUGAAAGAGAUAUAGUGGAUCCAGGUUUGAAAUUCCAAGUGAAAAUCCUUAAAAUCCCAACACUGGUGAAGAAAGCUUUGGCCAAGAUCAUCAAGUUCUGGCUUCCCCAAGUGGCUGGGCAGCUGAAUGCAAUGUGUGGAGUGAGGAAUGUGAAGGAACUAUGGGAGAACCAUGACAAAUUGAUGGUCUAUCGUAAAAAGUUUAUUGAGCAUUGGAGGAAAAACAAGCUUGAUGUUGUCCUGUGCCCAGUUCUGGGUCCUGCCUUCAUUCUUGGAUAUCCUUCAAAAAUACUUGCUGCUAUCUCUUAUACUAUGCUAUACAAUACCUUGGAUUUCCCUGCUGGCGUUGUACCAGUCGCCACAGUUACAGAAGUGGAUGAAGAAGAGAUGGAGCAAUACGGAAAACGGUAUAACAUCUGGGAUCAGAUCCUGAAAAAGGCAGUAAAAGGUGCUGUUGGGCUUCCUGUAGCAGUUCAGUGUGUAGCUUUACCAUGGCAGGAGGAAUUAUGCCUUCGGCUCAUGAAAGAAGUAGAGAUGCUGUCCAACAAAGAGCAACAGAAGAAAGUAAUCUGAACUUGAUAAAUAAGCCAUUUGCAGAUCAAGGAUGCAACUGGACUUAGAAAAAUAAAUAUCAAGGAUAUCCUUGAAUAUCAAGGAAUCUCUGCUAUAUAUAACAUGACACAUGUUUGAACCCAGAAUAUUCAUAUUCAAAAGGAAAGGAUUGUCUUUUGUCUGAGUUUUCCACUUCUGCAAAUCACUAUGAAGGGCUGGUCCUGCUUCUUCUGAAUUCUUGUAUUUUAUAAGCCCUAUUGAGGCAUUUCUCUUUCUACUCAUUUACAAUUAUAGGAGAUGGCUGGUGGGAGGUUCACGCUUUCUGUUUUCUGCCAUAUUCCCAUCCUUCAUCUCCAUUGGACAGAAAAUCAGUAUUUCAUAAUGGGGUAAACCUAAAUGAUCAUACAAUGUUGAACCACUUAGCAAAGCCCAUUAUCCGUGAAUCAGAAUGGGGACUUGUACUUGGUCAGGUGGAAGAGGCAUAAUAUUGGCACAUUGAUCUAAACUGAAAUGGGUGAAAAGCUUUGAUAGCAAUGCUGACUUGCCUUUUGCCCUUUUUUGAGAUUAGUACUGGGUACAUGUUCAUCUACCAUAUAGAAUUCAGUGAAGGUGAUAUUUGUUGCUCAUAUUGAUUAUGAGUUAAUCAAUGGGAGUUAAAAUCCACCACAUUUAGAUGGCACCAGAUUAGAGAAAACUGUGCUGUAUUGUUUGUCAUUCUCAAAUAAUUCCCUUUUGGUGGAAAACAAGGGGCAGUAAGUCAAAAAUAUACAAGCUCUGGGGUUUGCUGCUGUUUUGCACCAAACUGGUUUGCUAUGCUAUCCAAUGUUUGAAGUUCAGAUGAUAACAGUUGGAUUAGACUUUGGUGCAGCUUUGUAUUUAAUGUGAAUGUAAAAGAAUAGGGGAGAAUUAUUUCAUUCCUUUUGCUCCCUUUUUAAGAGGCUAAAAACUCAUGUUCUAGUUGUUUUCCACAGCUGAAUGCUGAUAAUUCUAUUGGCAAUUGUGAGUGAUUACUACAUUAUCUGCACUCAGAAAAAGUUAUUGUUUUGAAUGCUAAAAGAAUUAAUGAUACAUAAAACUAUGUUAUUAUUG